CCCGCCCGCCCCCGGCGUGGCGGAGUGGUUGUGAUCCGCCCCGCCCCACUGCGGGGUCAUCGUGCCGCAGAUCGGGGUGGUCCUGACGUAGGCCGCCACACGCUCGCUUAGUUGUAGCGCGCUUUAGGGGUCGCUGUGAGUCGGCGUGCGCCAUCCUGGACGACACCAUGCCAAAACAGCGGUCCUGCCCUAGAAUAGACUCGCCCAGGAUCACACUAAGAGUAAUGUGCUAAGGUGUCCUGGAGUAGCCACAGCUGCAGCUAGAUACCGCUUUCCCACAAUUGAAGGAUAACGGUUUUUCAAAUGCAACUUUCUUAUGUCGUUUAAGGUUUAAAUGCCAUUAAGAUGAGGCUUGAUUGUCCAAGCCAAAAGGGAGGGAAAGUUGCAGCAAAAUCGUUAGAAUUUUCUGAGUUUAGAGUAGCAUUGUCUAGGGACAUCACUGCGAACGCGUUAUCUCACGCUGUUAGAAACAGGUGAGCUGCCCAGCGGUCGGGGUAGCCUCACUCUGGAAAUGCUAUUAGUAACAGCUAUGCUGCCUAGCUGUGAGGUGGCCUUACUCUUCUAGAGAAGAUGUUAGUGACAGGUGAGCUACCCACCAGUCGGGGUAUAGCCUCGCUCUAGAGACGCUGUUAACAACAGAGCAGUUGCCCGAGCUUCGUUCUAGAUACGCUAUUAGAAAACGGGUGAGCUGUUCAGCGGUUUGGGGUAGCCACGCCCAAGAGACGCCGUUAGCAAGAGGUGUGCUGCUCAACGGUCGCAGUAGCCUCGCUCUAGAGACGCUGUUAGCAGCAGGUGAGCUGGGCUGGUAGGCGUCUAGAAAGAGCCCUAUCGCCUUAGUGUAGUUUUUGUUCCACUCGCGGCGCAAGGUUGUGCGAGUGAGUACUCAAAAGACGCCGGCUGUGCGGGUGAGGUAUAGACUUAACGCGGAACGCGAGUACAAAGACGUUAUUUGUCAUGUUGUGUGAGUGCCAAAGUGUAAAUAUUUCCUAUGAUUGGCAUCAGUUUUAAGUCAAGAUGUUUAUGUGUACAUUAUAUUUGUUGGAAGUGUUGCUCCUCAUCCAAAGAAUAAAAAGAAAUUUAGUCUUCCCAGGUCUAUUUGAUAAAAAGAAACCCGGAAAAGAAACCAACCGCUACGUGCUUGACCUGCUGUGAGUGCGCGGUCAGCCGCGGCCAGCCUGGGGGGUAGACAGCCCAACUGCCUCACUCUCCCAACUCCCUACCACUGCCCGCCUCCGACUCGCAACUUCAGACGGAAAAGCGGGGAAAAGUGUCCAUGAAUUACACAUAGUCAACCGCAACCUACCAGUUAAUUGAUCAAUUACUUAAUAAUUAAUGAUCUGACAACCAAUCACCACCGUCCUCGAGGUGAAUAGCAGAGAGACACAGAGCUGGUCAGUCCAGGAGGGCAGUCCAGCUGCCGCGGAGCAGACGGCCGGGCCGAGGGCCAGGCGGACAGCUAGGCAGAUGUCCCCGCUCCGGGCCGGGUGCGUGGGGUCCCCCGCCAGGGUCCAGGUCCCAACAGGUACCAGGCAGGUACCAGUCUUGCCCCCGCGCUGCAGGUCGCAGGAGGAACUCGCCGGUCCGGACCACAACAGGUCCAUACAGCACGACAAGCAGCAUGUUGUUGCUCGCGCUGGUCCCGCUGGUCCUCGUCACGACCGUCGUGGGCCAACCCGCCGACCUCCAGGAUGACGCCGACGUCCUCGACGUCGUGGCCGCCGCCCUGGACGACGCCAAGGGCAACCCCGUCAGCGCGUCUCGGGGUGUGGAGGCGGGCCGCGCGCCCAGCAGACGGCCCUGCGAGUGCGCCGACGGCCACUGCAACUGCUGCACGGGCUUCGUCAUGCAGACCCUGGUGAACCUGCCGCCGAGGCAGCGCGGCUGCAUCAAGAUCACCUACGACCCGGACGACUUCGCCUUCGCGAUGGCGCUGUCCUUCAACGACCGCGUGCUCUACAAGAACACCAUCUCGGCCAAGAAUCCUCGGCCGCUGUGCGUCGCUCUGCCCAGGCUGACGGAAGCCAAGAUGUGCGUGAAGCUGAGCAACGUGUACUUCGUGGGAAGGAACCUCCACGCGUGCAUCGACAUGGAGGGCAAGUGGCAGGACACGCAGGCUUUCCAGAUGUCUUUCGACUGCAUCCGCAUCGGCGCCGACGGCGUGAAGGUGGUAAAGCCGGAGGACGGCUCGGGGAUCGCGGUGGGCGUGCCCGUCGGGGUGUCGCCGGCCCCGGACGAGUACGACGAGAUCCCUGCGGAGCACCCGCCAGAGAAGCCGCCCACCAAGCCGGCCAAGCCCGCCAAGCCUGCCAGGCCCUCUAAGCCACCCAGGCCCGCCAAACCGACCGCGAUCGACACCACGGCCGCACCAGUGGCCGGCGUCGCCGCGCCCGCGGCCCCGGCCCCGGUCGUGGAGCAGGUCCCGGAAACCGCGGCCCCCGCCACCACCGACCCCGCGGCGGCCGCGGCCGUGGUGGCAUAAACACGCGCCACAGUAUAUAUUAGUAAUUUAUUCCCUAUUUAUUGACGCACAGAUGAUUAAAAUCAUAACUAUAAAUAUUA